UAUAAUUCUAAAAGUCAGUGGACAUAUGAACAGCAAAAUUGAAAAAGGCUUUGGGAUCGUAUCGGAUCACGAUGUAUAGCAUUCGCCUUUCGAAUCCGCUAAGGAUGAGUUUGCAGGCCAUUAGCUACUUCUCGAUGAACUCCCGAAUCCCGCCGAAUACGAAAUUCUGGUCGAAGGUGUUCGGGAAAUACCUGUUGGUAACGAAUACUGUGGGAUCGGGGUUCCUUCUCCCUUUUGGAGAUGCGCUGGCCCAACAAUACGAGCGAUUGGGUGAAAUGAAAAAGCCGUUUGACUACUCCCGCUCAGGAUGUAUGAUGAUCACGGGACUGGUGAUUGGGCCCGUUCAGCACGGUUUCUAUCUGCUGUUGGAAAAGCUCUUGCCGGGCAACAAUCGAUGGGAUAUCCUGCGAAAGAUCCUGGCCGACCAGCUGAUCAUGUCCCCCAUCUACAUCGCCUUGUUCUUUCACAUAAGCAGUCUUCUGGAGGGCAAAAGUAUCACCGAAUGCAAUGCCGAAUUGUACGAAAAGUUCCUCUACACCUGGUUGUUGGACUGCUGCCUGUGGCCGGGUCUCCAGUACCUGAAUUUUCGCUACUUAAAGGCCCUCUAUCGCGUGGUAUUCAUCAAUGUGGCCAAUUGCAUGUACAUCGUCCUUUUGUCGCACAUAAAACACGGUUAUCAGUAGGUCGAAAUUACAAUCUUCGGCUAAUACUCCAUAAUAAAAUCCUU